UGUUGUUGUUUUUAUUUUUUGCCGACCAUCUGUGGCUCCAUUUUACUUGUUGAACAAUAAAAUUAGAACUAUUAAGGUGUGAAUUAAGUUGGUUGGCAAACGUUUCGGAACUGUUUUGCCAUGGAUAAAUAUGCCAUCAGUAAUUUAGUGGGCGAAGGUUCAUUUGGAAAGGUGUACAAGGCCAUUGAUAAGCAAAACAAAACAACUGUAGCGUUGAAAAUAAUAAGCAAGAGAGGAAGAUCCGGCCGAGAACUGAAAGGUCUCCGUGGAGAAUGUGAGAUUCAGAGAAAUUUACAACAUCCCAAUAUCAUCCGUAUGCUGGAUUCCUUUGAAACCGAUAAUGAAAUCAUUGCAGUGACAGAGUUCGCGAAAACUGACCUGCACAGUUUGCUUCGAGAUGGAUCGCUGGGGGAACCAAAAACACAGAGGAUAACUUUCGAUCUGGUAUCAGCUCUCUACUAUUUGCACUCCCAUCGAAUUUUGCAUAGAGAUUUGAAGCCACAGAACAUUCUGCUGGAUAGAAACAUGACGGCAAAACUGUGUGAUUUCGGUUUCGCAAGGAAUAUGACAAUGGGAACUCAUGUGCUGACAUCCAUCAAGGGAACCCCACUGUAUAUGGCCCCGGAGCUGCUAGAAGCCAAACCGUACGACCAUCAUGCUGAUUUAUGGUCGCUGGGUUGCAUCAUCUAUGAAAUGCUUGCUGGUGAACCUCCUUUCAGUUCCACUUCCAUGAUCCACCUGGUGAAGCUUAUCCGCAAUCAGUACAUCAAGUGGCCCAGCUUCCUCACUUCGAAUUGCAUUUCAUUCGUGCAAGGGCUUCUGGAACGUGACACCAGCCAUCGAAUGUCUUGGACCAAAAUCAUAAGCCAUCCCUUUGUGAAAGGGCAUGUAGUGAUACUGAAGGAAGAUAUUCCUGAGUCCCCAUUCACGAAUCCGUUGACCGCAUCGCAGAGUAACGAGAAAAGGAAGCAAACGAAUCGAAUAAUAUACGGCGAAAAUUACGAGUACUUGAAGUACGGAGCCAAACGAGCAACCAAAGCUACUAAAGGUUCAAAUGAAGAGGAUUUGGCCUCUUCUAGAGACAGUAUGAAUGUAAUACUGCAGAGUGAUAUGGAAUAUGUUGAAACGGACGCAGAGGAAGCUGCAGGAACUGCGAAUCUCAGAACUAGUUUACCUGAUGAUGAUUUGAAUCCCAUGAAGGAGAGUGAUGUAUUGCGUCCAAACAAUCCUGAAAACUUUACUGUCGAGUACCAUCAUCCUUUAGGCGAAAACGCAGAAAUCGUCCAAGAUAAUCCGAAUUUAGUAAUGAAUAGUUUCAAUGAUAACUUCCCUCUUUUGGACAAAAAAGGACAAAAUAUCAUAUCCACAGACGAACUCGCGAAUAGACUGAACAACAUCAACUUACAAAAUCAAUCAUUGAGGUUCAAGUCCCAGGAACUGGAACGUCGAAAGCUCAGCCAAAACAUCGACAACUUUUCCAUUCGGCUGGAGGAGGAACGGAGUACGCAGAACAUCACCAACAAGUCAGCCGAAGAAUGCCUCCCAGUCGAUAAGAAACCGGAGAAGAUCACCCCAACUCUGCUGCCAGGUUGGGACUCCUGCGACGAAUCGCAAAACCCGCCAAUCGAAAAUGAGGAGUGGCUUGUCUUCCUCCAAAAAUCCAUGCAGGAAAUCCUCGACGGCGAGCUUGACUCACUGAAGCAGCAAAACUUUGUUAGCAUAAUCGUCGCCCCGCUGCGGAACUGCCGGGCCAGCGCCAAAGUCAUCGAGAACGUUGCCAAUCUGCUUAGCUUACCGCUUGCCAUUGAUGCCCCGCCUGCCAUUAUGCACGACAUCCUCAGCGUCUACGCCGAGCUGAAGCUCGUCCCCAACCUAGUUUACGCCUCCAAACUGCUAUGCAACAAGAAACUCAACUCGUCCAACAGUGAAAGCCAGUCGUCUCCAAUUCCGACCCCACUAACCACAUCGAACUCGUCGAUCCGGCUUCUGUCUUCGCUGGACUGCGACGAGGUAAAAACCUUGACGGCUGUGUACGAUCUCAUCUGCUAUCUGGUGCACUCCGGUGAAAAUUUCCUGAAGCAGUUCUGCGACGCGAUCGAAAUUCUGGGCGUGAAGGAACUGUUCGUAAACUUCAUCAACGCCAUCCGAACCAACGAGGAGUACGUGCGCCUGAGCUGUGCCAUCCUGGCCGUGCUGAACUGCGCCCUGCGGGAACUGCCGGAGAAUGCGGAAAUAGUGGAGCAAAUUGUGUUUCACGAGAACGUGAAUCUGAUUCAGAUGCUGCGGCACGGUGAUUCCAUUUUGAGACAAAGAACCUGUAUGCUGCUGAGGAUAUUGGCGCGGUUCAGUUGUCUGGCACUUCAGAAGCAUUGGAACAGCGAAAUUAAAGAAUCGCUAGAAUCGCUGUUGGAUGAUCAGGAUGAGGACAUCAAUACGGAAGCAAAAUGCGUCUUGGAUGAAUUCAAAUAUCUGUCAUUUAUAACCGCAGAUACAGCGAGUUGAAUAAACGAAACCAAUAGAAAGAA